AUGGCUACUCCUCCUGUACUCGCUUUCGAUACUGAGGGCCGCCCAGUGAAGUUUGACACCUGGCUCGAUGACCUGCACCUCUACCUACAGCUCACUGCCAAGGAAGAUAUUUCACUGUACGAUCACGCCCUAGGCCACGCUACUGCACCUCCUACUACUGCUGACAGCACUCAGCGCUCACAGUGGCAGACUCGUGACGCUCACGCUCGCUUUGCCAUUCGCAACUCCCUACCGCUAGAUGAGCGCGAGCACUUUGGCCAGCACAAGACUGCUAAGGAGCUGUACACUGCUGUAGUUGCUCGUUACUCCUCGCCUGCUUCUGCCGCACUAGGCCGCCUCUCCCUCCCCUACCUGUUCCCCGACCUGGCCUCCUUCCACACCGUUGCUGACCUCAUCACCCACCUCAAGACUAGUGAGGCCCGCUUCCGCGCUGCUAUGCCUGCCGAGGACCAGUUUCUAGCUCGCUGCCCCACUGAGCUCACCAUUGCCCUCCUCGAGAAGGAGCUACUUGCAGCCGAGGCGAGUGUCGUCGCUGUAGGUGCCUCUCGUGGUGACCCCCGCACUCCUUUCUUUGAGGGGUGUUCCCCUUCCCCCCUCCUUCCCUCUGUCGCCUCUGCUUCUGCUGUCGACCUUCUUGGUGCUGAGAAGGUCGGGACCGCGUCUGCUUCGAGCGGGCGCCGCAGGACGAGAGGGGGCAAGGGUGGAGGUGGCGGCGGGGGCGGUGGGGGUGGAGGCGGUGGGAGUGGAGGAGGGGCUGGAGAGGCUAGUGGCGGCAGUGGGGGUGGUGACGGCAGCGGCGGGGGUGGUGGCAGGGGCGGGGGCGGCGGUGGGGGCGGAGGUGGUCGUGGCAGCGGCAGGGGAGGCGGUGGUCACGGAGGUGGCGGCAGUGGUGGUGGCCGUGGAGGCGCUGGCGGUGGUCUGAGCCAGCAGCACACUCCGUCGCUCCAGGAGGCCCGUGAGUGGUAUGCCCAGCGUCUUAGCUGCACGUAUGUCAUCCGCACUGGUGACCGCACUGGUCAGCAGUGUGGGAGGCCGCACCCCACGCAGCGCUGUUUCGCGCGCCUUACCGACGCUUGGCGCACCCAGUUCCCUGAUGGCGCUGAGCUGCCCCGCUGGGCUGAUCUGGAGAGGAAGGGGGUUGAUAUCUGGGCUCUAGACUUUGAUGCUAUUCUCACUGCCAUGUAUGCCAUGUUUACUAGUGGAGAGGGUGCUCAGUACUUGUGUGUUCCGCCCGACCCGGGCAUUCUGCCCACUGCCGCUCCAGGUGCUAGUGAGACUGCCGCUGCAGGUACUUGCGUGUCUGCUCCCUCAGGUGAUGGUGAGGCUGUCGCUCUAGGUGCUCGUGCGUCUGUCCCCCCUGGUACUGAGUCGACUGAGGCACUGCACACCUUCACCCUGGACUCAGGUGCUUCACGCUGUUUCUUUCGUGACCGCACUGUCCUUGAGCCACUUGCUCGGCCAGUUGCUGUCUCCCUCGCUGACCCCUCUGGGGGUCCGGUCAUUGCGACCUCCUCCACUGUCCUUCCCUGUCCAGCGGUCCCGUCCGGCACACUGUCAGGGCUCUACCUCCCCUCGUUCUCUACAAACUUGGUGGCAGGUCAGCUGUCUGCCCCCUGCUCGUGUCGGUCUCUCGCGCACGACACCGUCCUCUGGCACCACCGACUUGGCCACCCGUCCGUGCAGCGCCUUCGGACCAUGCACCAGCGGUACCUUGUCUCUGGUCUUCCCAGGGUUCUACCUCCCCUCCCACCCUCGCCGGCUCCUCCCUGUAUUCCCUGUGUCGAGGGGCGGCAGCGCGCCGCUCCUCACUCUUCUGCGUUUCCCCCGACGGAGGCUCCUCUGCAGACACUCCACCUGGACGUGUGGGGCCCCGCCCGCGUUCGUGGACAGGGCGGGGAGCGCUACUUUCUGCUGGUAGUUGACGACUACACGCGUUACACCACGGUCUUCCCCUUGCGCACCAAGGGUGAGGUCCCUGAUGUCUUGAUCCCUUGGAUCCGCGCUACUCGUCUCCAGCUGGAGCGGCGCUUUCGCUCGGACCUUCCGGUCCUGCGACUGCACUCUGAUAGGGGCGGUGAGUUUUCCUCCGACCUCUUGCGCGCCUUCUGUCAGGAGGAGGGCAUUGAGCAGACGUUCACGCUUCCGGCCUCUCCACAGCAGAAUGGGGUUGCUGAGUGCCGCAUUGGCCUGGUCAUGGAGGUCGCUCGUACCUCCUUGGUCCAUGCGGCUGCCCCCCAUUUUCUGUGGCCGUUUGCUGUCCGGUACGCCGCGCAUCAGCUCAACCUCUGGCCCCGUGUCUCCGCUCCAGAGACCUCGCCGACACUACGUUGGACGGGAGAGGUUGGCGAUGCGUCGGUGUUCCGCGUCUGGGGAUCUCGUGCCUUUGUCCGCGACACGUCCGCGGACAAGCUCUCUCGUCGCGCUGUCCCUUGUGUCUUCCUUGGCUUUGUCCCUGACGCGUCUGGCUGGCAGUUUUACCACCCUGUCUCGCGCCGUGUCUUCCCCUCUCAGGACGUCACGUUCGACGAGUCGGUCCCCUUCUACCGUCUCUUCCCCUACCGCACUGCCCCGCUCCCCCCUCCGCCUCUCUUCCUCGCGCCAGGUGCUGCUGUUGUAGAGCCCCUCCCCCCUCAGGGUGCCGCUCCCUCAGGUGUGUCUCAGGUAGACCCCGUUGAGCCUGUCGAGGUAGCCGUCGAGUCGCGUCCUCCUCGGGGUACUGAGCCUGGGGGUGCUGAGACUGGGGGUGCUGAGCCUGGGGGUGCUGAGACUGGGGGUGCUGAGCCUGGAGGUGCUGAGCCUGGAGGUGCUGAGACUGGGGGUGCUGAGACUGGGGGUGCUGAGCCUGGGGGUGCUGAGACUGGGGGUGCUGAGCCUGGAGGUGCUGAGCCUGGAGGUGCUGAGAGUAGGGGUGCUGAGCCUGGAGGUGCUGAGUCUGGUGGUGUUGAGUCUGGUGGUGCUGAGCCUGAGCGUGCUACACCUGGAGGAGCCCUCUCCUCCCAGCAGCUGCAGGAGAGGUACCUCCGGUACUGCAGCCUCCGGAGGGGUGCUCCUGGCGCCGGUACCCGUGCUUCCCCACCUCCCCGGGAGCUCCCCUCCCUUCAGCAGAUCCGAGAGUGGUACACGCGGCGCUGCAGUCUUCGGAGUGGAGCCCCUGGUGCCGCGGACCCGGACGGUGGAGCUACUGCUGGUGCUGAGGACCCGGACGGUGGAGCUGCUGCUGGUGCUGAGGACCCGGACGGUGGAGCUGCUGCUGGUGCUGAGGACCCGGACGGUGGAGCUGCUGCUGGUGCUGAGGACGCGGACGGUGGAGCUGCUGCUGGUGCUGAGGCCCCGGGCGGUGGAGCUGCUGCUGGUGCUGCGGACCCGCACGGUGGAGCUGCUGCUGGUGCUGAGGACCCGACCGGUGGUGCUGCUGCUGGUGCUGCGGACCCGAACGGUGGAGCUGCUGCUGGUGCUGCGGACCCGGCCGGUGGAGCUGCUGCUGGUGCUGCGGACCCGGACGGUGGCGCUGCUGCUGGUGCUGAGGUCCCCGGUGCUGGUGUCCCUGCUGGCUCUGGAGACGCUACGAGGCCGCGACCGUACUUCGUCCCGCUCCUUCAGCAGGUUCUUGGUCUGGCUCCUCCUCCUUAUCCUCCUCCCUCCGUAGAGUGUCUGCAGCCUGUCCAGUCGCAGUCACAGUUACCGCCUACCUCGCCUCUCCCUGGUCCCUCUCCUUACACCGGUCCCACAGGAGGUCUUACCGAGCGUCGUGAGCCUGCGUCUCGUCCUGCGUCGCCUGUUCGUCCUGCGCGCACUAGUCGUCGUGGCACACGUGAGCGUCCUCCUCCUGUCCUUGGCACUCACUACAUGACACUGCGUCGCUCCACUGCUCCUCAGCGUGUCCCUCUGCCGUCUCCUCCUGCGUCCUCUCUCCCUACUCUUCCUGACCCGGAGUCUGACUCCCGUCGUGCUGCCAGUCCCACUGUCACGCGUCUCCUCGCCACUGUUGUCACUAACCCUACCUUUGAGUCCUCUGCUGCGUCUGCUCUGGUUGCUGAGUUGGUUGACUUUGCUGCCGCGUGCCGUCUAGACUUCGCCGCUAGCCUUGUUGCUGAGUCUGAGUCUGUCUGUCCUCCGUCCAUCGGGGGUGAGUGUGCUCUAGGCACGGACGUCCUUGAGGACAGGCAGGAGGAGUUCCAGUGCUUUGCUGCUGCUUUGCCCCAUCUUGUGUCCAUGCUAGUUGCCCCUGAGGGAGACCCGGAUGCACCAGACAUCCCGACCCCGCGCUCUUACGCAGAGGCGGUGGCAGGUCCCUACUCCUCUCAGUGGCAGACAGCCAUGGACGCAGAGAUGGCUUCCUGGAAGUCCACACGCACCUACGUCGACGAGGUUCCCCCACCUGGGGCGAACAUCGUCAGUGGCAUGUGGAUUUUCAGGGUGAAGCGGCCGCCUGGUUCUCCUCCUGUCUUCAAGGCACGCUACGUUGCUCGAGGCUUCAGUCAGCGCGAGGGAGUAGACUUCUUCCAGACCUUCUCCCCCACUCCGAAGAUGACUACUCUUCGGCUGCGCCGCCCUCCUGGCUUCACUGGGUCGUUCCCUCCUGGUACCCAGUGGAGGCUCCAGCGGCCAGUCUACGGUCUCCGCCAGGCGCCACGUGAGUGGCACGACACACUGAGGACGACACUCGCGGCACUUGGGUUCGCUCCUUCUACUGCUGACCCGUCGCUGUUUCUACGCACUGACACCUCGCUGCCGCCGUUCUACAUCCUCGUGUACGUCGACGACUUGGUCUUUGCCACUGCUGACACUCAGGCUCUCGCCCACGUGAAGUCGGAGCUGCAGAAGCGACACACGUGCACAGACCUGGGUGAACUGACAAGCUACCUUGGCUUGCGGAUCACUCGGGACAGAGCACGGCGCACCAUCACCUUGACUCAGUCACACAUGGUGCAGCAGGUCCUUCAGCGCUUCGGCUUCACGUACUCCUCGCCUCAGGCCACUCCUCUGCCUACAGGUCACUCGCUCUCAGCUCUGCCUUCGGAUGAGUCCGUAGAGUCGAGUGGCCCGUAUCCAGAGCUUGUUGGCUGCCUCAUGUACCUGAUGACCUGCACUCGACCUGACCUUGUAUACCCUCUUAGCAUCCUUGCACGCUAUGUCGCUCCUGGCCGUCACAGGAAGGAGCACAUGGAUGCCGCUAAGAGGGUGUUGCGCUACUUGUGCAGUACGUCGGGCAUGGGGCUAGUGCUUGGAGGGCGAGACCGUGUUGUACUCACUGGACACUCAGACGCUUCUUGGGCGGACGACCAGGCUACUCAGUGGUCGUCUCAGGGUUACACCUUCAGCCUUGGCUCUGGCUCAGUUUCUUGGCGUUCUACACGCUCUUCUUCUGUUCUCAGCUCCAGUUGUGAGGCUGAGAUCUACGCCACAGCCAUGGCGGCCCAGGAGCUACGCUGGCUGACCUACCUGCUGACUGACUUGGGAGAGCGGCCUCGUUCCCCUCCAGUGCUGUACGUUGACAACAAGGCUGCCAUUGCCUUGUGUGAGGAGCACAGACUGGAGCACAGAACGAAGCACAUCGCCAUGCGGUACUUCCUUGCUCGAGAGCUUCAGCAGCGUGGUCAGCUUCGUCUUCGUUACGUGGCCACUGAGGCCAACACUGCUGAUGUGUUCACCAAGGCGCUUCAGCCUUGUGACCAUCAGCGCUUUUGCACUCUCCUAGGUCUUGUGCCUACUGGACCUCACUUGCUCACUUCUUGA